GGAGUCGUCUCGAGCGCACACCGUACCGUCAUGUGUCGCUCGCCAACUUUCUCGAGUAGUGAUGUGAUUCGGUAUCGAAAUGUAAACGAAAUGUAUUAAUGAAUUUUGUAUUUUUUUCUAGUGUAAAUAAGUGAACCAUGGAUCAGUACGGUGAGCUUUAGUGAACUAAAAGCGAGAUCUACUGUGUUUCAAUUGGAUUUUAUAAACAUGAGGUGGUUAAUAGUGACAAUCAGUGUGAUGUUAUCAAAAACAAUACUGGCUGGGGUAGCGCCUCCCGGUUCGUGUCCUGCUGUUUGUGCGUGCAAAUGGAAAGGAGGCAAACAAACCGUGGAAUGCGUAGAUAGAGCUCUCAUCACGGUACCAGAACCGGUGGAUCCUGCCACGCAAGUACUUGACCUUUCAGGAAAUAAUCUCCAAAUAUUACCACAGGAGGCUUUUGCGAGAACUGGACUGGUUAAUUUACAAAGAGUAUAUCUUCGAAGUUGUAACAUUGGUCAGAUACAUGACAGAGCAUUCAAAGGGUUGACAAAUUUAGUGGAGUUAGAUUUGUCGCAGAAUUUAUUGACACAGAUUCCAUCAAACAGUUUCAAAGAUGCACCUUUUUUACGAGACCUCACCCUGGCUCAAAAUCCUAUAUUAAAAGUUCAUUCUGAUGCUUUGACAAAUCUUGGAAGCGUUAUUAAACUAGAUUUAUCUAGAUGCGAAAUUAGAGAUGUAGCUGCAGAUGCAUUUAGAAAUUUACGUUCAAUGGAAUCACUUAAGCUUGAUCAUAACAGACUUCGAGAAUUUCCAUUGAAUUCUAUUGAAAAAAUUGAAAAAUUGAGAGCUAUUGAUUUAUCGGAUAAUCCUUGGAUAUGUGAUUGUCGGCUUCGUGACCUGAAAAUAUGGUUAGCCAAAAACAAAAUGCUUUCAACUCCUAGUUGUUCUGCACCAGCAAGAUUGACGGGUCGACCAUUUUCAGAGUUAGCUAUUGAAGAGUUUGCGUGUAAGCCCGAAAUAUUACCUAUAAGUCGGCAUAUUGAAGCAAAUGUGGGGGAAAAUACCACGAUAACUUGUAGAACUGAAGCUAUACCAAGCGCAGUAAUAAACUGGUACUGGAAUGGUAGAUUACUUCAAAAUGGUAGUCAUUUUAACUCCCAUCAAAAAAUAUACAUUUUCGAAGAAGGCGAUGCAAAAAAGAGGUCAAUAUUGAUUCUCACGAACACACAGGAAUCCGAUUCCAGUGAAUUUUAUUGCGUUGCCGAAAACAAGGGUGGUAACGCGGAAGCUAACUUUACAGUACACGUUACGCAAAUUGCAGUCGGAAUGGCGUCACUUGGUAAUGCUCAGAUUGCGAGUUUGGGAGCGGUAUUGUUUUUAAUAAUCAUCGCUGUUUGUUUGGCAACUCUAGCUACAUUUCUGCGGCUUCGUACGACCCCUGUUUGUGAUACUAAAACUCCUAACACAUUGGAUCGCGUGGUAUCAGGAAACGAAGUUCAUCCGUCAAAUAAUGACCGUCCGCAAGUAGCUGUACUGGCUAAUAGACAGGAAUCAUCGAAUUACCGUGAUUCUAAAUGUAAUCCUGUGAUGAAACCGCCAAGAGUGAAUGAUAUACCAUAUACGACUAACCACUACGAGGGAAGAGGAAGCGUUGUGACUGCGAACGGACCUGUUGUGGUUUCACCGACGGUGUCCGCUUCGAUCGACCCUGAUCUUAUCAACGACACAAGGCCGGAUAGUGCUAAUAGGCCAGGGAGCGGCGAGUACGCACGCGAGGCUUCUGAUUCUUUAUAUCCAUCUGGAUUGUGGGAUCAAGUUAAAUUGAAUCAGACAAAUAAUUUGUCUCGGGCUAUAAGUUCAGCUAUACCCACAUACUAUAACGACAGAACACCGAUAAUCGAGAAUGGAAGUGUGAACGGUUCUCAGGAAGAGUUGGGCUAUAUGAGUCGAACCUUCCCACGAUCUCAUGCGCUUUCUGCCACAAAUACAGCGGUAUCCACAGAUGCCCCUUACCCACCCGACUAUGGCCUGCCAGUAGGAGGCGCGCGCACUCUCCGUGUGUGGCAGCGUGCACCCCCGGUUCUGCCUCCAGUGUCAGCGUUAAAACGCGUUCUUACAAUCACCAGGCCGUCUGCAGAUGACGGCUUUCAAGAUGGCUGUGCUACAGACGUUUAAAUAUACUAAAUCGUUUAAAUGGAUCUAAACAAUAUCAGUGUUGCGUAUCGGCAAACGUUACUGUGUAAGAAUUAUCGUAAAUGUGUAUCUAAGUUAGAAGUCCUAUACGUAAGACGUGUGUAAUUGGUAACACACAGGUUAUUAGUGUAAUAUUUUUUGUAUGAUAUAAUUUAUUUAGAUAAACACGGGAAGUUAAAUUGGAUCCCGAAGUGAUGGAUCCACGACUGAUUAGUUGAAGAGUGUUAGUGUAAAUUAAUAAGUGAUAUUGGAAUGGGUAUCUACGGUAUCUGAUCGCCAAAAAAAUAGUUUAUAAAUGUCAUAAAUAUAUUACGAGUAUCUUGAUUGUUGAAACUAAAAUAUGAUGAUGUUACAUGAAUAAGAAAGUGUUAUGUAUACUACUCAAACUGUAUAUUAUAACGUACGUUUCGUCUCCAAAGAUUAUCAAUUUACUUAUUUAUCCCCCAAGGUAACUAGAAAGCAUUACUUCGUGUUGCUAUGUGAUGCACUAUUAAUGUUGUUCGAUGUGCGAUAACUAAUGAGUGAAUUUUAUGUUAAAAAAAUAUAGCAUUAAUGUUGGAAAAUAAAACAGGCGAUUAUCAAAAA